ACUUGCUCUUUCUUUCAUUGCUGUCUCUGUAACGGAACGAGAAAAUUUAUUUUUGGUUAGUAAAUGCAGACAGCGCAGGAUUUGCAAAGCGGGACGAAAAUGGCGAAAAGGAAUCUCAAAUUUUAGAGAGAGAGAGAGAGAGAGAGAGAGAAACGGGCCGUCUUAAAUACAUCACCCCCCCGCCUCCUCAUUGAAUGCUUUACCAAACUUGUGCACCCAUUUUUGCCCCUUUCCUUCCAUCUCUCUCUCUCUCUCUCUCUCUCUCUAUCUGCAACCAUUCUCUCUCUCUCUCUCUCUUUCUCUUCUUUGAAGGGAAGUUUUCCUUUUGACGACGGGUUUUGAGGGGGUCGUCGAAUCGCGGGGCUGCGGAGGUAGGGGACCAACGGAAAUGGAGUGCGUCGAAGCCGCUUUGAAGGCCGGGCUUGGCAAGGAUGCGAUGCUCGUGAAGCUGAUGAGGCCGCGCGCCUUCUCCGACGACCUCCUGUCGUUCAAUUCUCACGGCGGCGCUGCCCCCAACGACGGCGGCUGCGACGGCGACGACUUCGUGGACGACUUCUUCGACUUCUCCAACGACGACGCCUUCGCCGAGCAAGAGGAGGAAGCGACGAAAGAAGAGGCGGGCCACGAGCAGCAGCUACCCCAGAAGCAGAAGCAGAAGCGGGAGCGGGAGCGGGAGCGGGAGCCCCACGACGGCACCGGCGAGAACGCUGCGUCUGUCUCGGCCGGACAAGAGGACGACUUGGGUCUCGCACCACACCUUCCGGCGGAGGAUUUAGCGGACCUCGAGUGGUUGUCGCAUUUCGUGGAGGACUCGUUCUCCCACUUCUCCGAACCGCUUCCGGCCGGCGUCCUCCUCCAGAACCCCAUAAAACGCGAGGACCGGUCCGAACCGGAAUCGGAAUCUUCUGGCUCGUCCAGACCUGGAUUCACGACUCCGCUCCCCUCAAAAGCCCGGAGCAAGCGGUCCAGGACCGGCGGCCGGGUAUGGUCCCUGGGUGUUCCCUCUCUCCCCGAGCCAUCCUCGAGCUCCUCGUCCUCGACCACGGCGUCGUCGCCCUUGCUCUCGAGCCCCUGGUUUGUGCACCUCAACCGGAGCGGGAGCCUCGAGCCGGUCGAACCGGAGCCGUGGGACGCCGAGCCGCCGAUGAAGAAGCAGAAGAAGCCUGCUGCUUCGGAGACGACCGGACCGGCGAGACGGUGCAGCCACUGCGGCGUGCAGAAGACCCCGCAGUGGAGGGCCGGCCCCAACGGGGCGAAGACGCUCUGCAACGCGUGCGGAGUCCGGUUCAAGUCGGGCCGGCUGUUCCCGGAGUACCGGCCCGCGUGUAGCCCCACAUUUUGCAGCGAGUUGCACUCGAACCACCACCGCAAGGUGCUGGAGAUGAGGCGCAAGAAGGAGCCGACGCCAGGUCAGCCCGAGCCCGGACGGGCCGUGCCCAGCUUUUGACGGCUGGUGUUUCUUGGAACUAGGAAUUAGGGUCGAUCCGAACCGGACACCCAGCCCGGUUCGGGCGGUAGUGGUAGGGGGGCAGGCAGAUAUGCUAGGGAUGUUUUUAGGGCAGUCACAGGAUUCUCGAUGUACUAAUUUUCCUUUACAGCUCCAAUUUCAAUAUUUCAGACAUUAGAUUUCUUCUAAGAAUUCGUUUUCCCUUGUCGCA